CGCUUAUCGCAUAAAAUGUUGCUGAACUUGCUGACACGUUGAGAACAAUGUGUCCGAAUUUCAUUGGCAUGCCCGAAUCGUUUGUUGGUCACGACAACCUCAAUGCAUGUGUAAUUUAUUGCCUUAUAAAAAAACAUGCUGAAACACAUGUCCAAGGUGGAUGUUUUUGAUAUUUCUUUAUUUUGGCGUUGACUUUGCGAAAUGUCUUGGAAAAAUUAUAUAUCUUUCAUAUAACUAUUUUAAUAGUAAUUUUAAAGUUUACUAUUUACGUUGAAUAUGAUAUUUAUUACUUUUCGCUUUAAGAUUUUAACAAUUUUUAAAUACUAAUUUUAGUUUCAUAAAUAUAGGCAACUUUUAUUGCUUAAAAAAUUACUUAAGUCAGAUAACUCCACACUUUGUGAUGAUGCUUAGCUACUACUGGUGGAACAGGUGCAGCUCAGCAAGAUAGAAAUGUAGACGAUGAUGACGCUAAAGCAACGUGUUAGCCAUUUAAGCAAGGUCAGCAAGGAAGCUACUUGCCGAGCUAGCACCGUUAAACAAGCUGAUUAGUCUAUAUCAAAAUGAUUUUAAUUGUGCAAUAAAUACACCUUAAAAACAUAACUAAAUUAACUAAUAAAUAUAUUUGAUACGAUUAAAUAUGCGUUUAUUUUGUAACUUAAAAAGUGGUAUUAAGCCGUUUUCCGAUGUGCCCACGUUAAAAUCCCGUCCGCUACUUGGGCAUGCGUACUUGUUUCUACCCAAAUGGAUGGGAGGCAAAUACAAUAUCGAAAAGUUUACCGAAGCUAUUGAAGACUUAUCAAAAUCUUUGGGUACCAUUUUUAAAUUGCGUUUAGGGGGUAUUGAUAUGUUGAUAACUUUAGAUGUAGAACAUGCAAAAACUAUGUACCGAAACGAGGGUAAAUACCCAAUUCGACCUCCUUUUCACGCUCUUAUAAAAUAUCGCAAGGAAAUUUUCGGAAGUGUAGGAGUUGUUCCCGGAAAUGGUACCGAGUGGCACAAAUUUCGAAGUAGUGUCAAUCCUAUGCUCAAACCUGAUUUGGUGCAUCAUUACCAGCCACAACUUCAUACAAUUGCACAAAAAUUCGUCAAAUACGUUGAACAUAAAAUAAAAACAAAUCAUGAAUUAGAUAAUGUCUAUGAUGAUUCACUUUUAUAUGCAAUUCAAGCAAUUUCAGUGAUAAGUCCCGGACACGAAUUUGAUUGUUUAUUAUUACCUACUACAAUUGAUUCUAAAGAAAUAAUUGCGGCAAGUAUGGAUUUUAUGGACGGUUUACAUUCCACAUUGAUUGGUUUACCACUCUGGAAAGUUUUCAAAACGGAGGGAUAUAAAAAGUUAGAAUCCUCUCACAACACAAUGAAAUUGAUAUUAGGAAAAUAUGUGCAAUUCCACUAUCAAGAAUAUACUUCAAACAAAAACAAAUUAAAGGAAGAGCAGCCAUUUAUAUAUGAAUUAUUUGCAAAUGAAAAACUUUCAUAUCAAGACUGUCUUCUGGUGGUAAUUGAGACAUUUUUGGGUGGAAUUGAUGCAACCGCCACUACUAUUAGUUUCACGAUGUGGUUUUUAGCACAAGACGCUGCUUUGCAAAACAAAGUAAAGAAUGACCAAACAAAUGAGUUACUAAAAGCUUGUGUUAAAGAAACAUUACGACUUAAAACAACAGCUGGAGCAAAUAGUAGAUUUUUACCUCAUGACGUUGACAUCGGAGGAUAUUCAGUACCUAAAAAUACAUUGGUGAUGUCUUUUGUAUCAGCAAUGGGAAAACGUGAAGAAUACUUUAAAGAACCAUUAAAAUACAUACCUGAAAGGUGGUUGCGAAAGAAUAAAGGAGAUAUUCAUCCCUACGCAUCAUUACCGUUCGGGCAUGGUGCCAGAAUGUGUCCUGGGAGACGAAUUGCUGAAAGUGAAAUAGUUAUAUUACUUCGCCAUGUCCUUGAUAACUUCCAUUUGUCCUCCCCUAAGAUCGAUAAUGGCGGCGGCGACAUUGGCAUGGUAUUCAGAAUGAACAGAAUUCCUGAAACUAAAAUACCAAUUCAGUUUAGUAAGCAUGGUAUCCCGAUGAAUACCAAAUGAGUUUUUUUAACAAAAUGUCUUUAUUAUAUACAUAAAGUUCUUUGUGCCAGAAUACGUCGUAUUAAAUUCGGUGUACAAUAAUUGUAAUAUUACAGCAAUGUAAUAUAAGUUAGCAACUUACAACUGUCCUAACGUAAUUUCAAUUUCAACACAUUUUAUUACGUCUGCAUGGGUAAUCACAAGCAAGGAAGUCAAAUAUUGUUAAAAUUAACAUACAUUUACCGAUGCUAGAGGUCUAAAAAUCCAUUAACGGAUUUAUAAAUCAACUAUAAUAUUUAUAUAUUGGCCUGUUAAAGUAAACGUUGUCCUCACUUUUGAA